AUGAUAUCUCACCGCAACUCGAUCUCGAACAUCGGCAAUCAGCGAACCCAUGUACAAUAUCAACAUGUAAUCCGCAUCAGAGACAGUAGUUCGAGAACAACAGCAACAACAACAGCAGCAGCAGGAGGGAUACAGACCCAAUUCCCACCUCCGCACUCGUUUCGCUCCUCAUCGUCGUCUUCAGAUGACCAGCCCAACGAAUUUACCAAAACCACAUACUCGCGCCGAAGUCAUCGCAAAUCUCGCUAUGGAUGUCGAAAUUGCAAGAAUAGACGACUCAAGUGCGACGAAACAAAACCAGAAUGCACGCGCUGCACAAAAAUCGGUAUACAAUGCGACUACGUAUUUUCGCAGCCUCAAAAUGCACGAUCGCAAUCAAGCACGUCGCCGUCUGCGGUUGAGGUCGUUGGCAGCAUGUCGCCGGACAUGACCGGCACAGAUAUGUCGCUGGUCGCGAUUGAACGGUCAAUUACUCAUCUCAUUGGGUCGAAGGAUAUCGCAACGGCAUUAUGCGUGGAUGGAUCGAGUUUGACGAAUCUCAGAUUUCUAAACCAUUUCGUGAAUGGGAGUACAGCGUCGAUACUUAAUCCAAAAAUUAAGGUGGUUAUGCAAACGGGAUUGAUAAGGAGUGCUUUUAUGAGCGCUCAUUUGAUGCAUGCCAUCUUGGCGGCAGCAUGUCUUCAUCUCAAUCGCAUGCAACCAGGGAAUAAGACUCGGGAGCUCCGCGAGAUAUAUCACUUCCAACGUGCCAUUCAACUGUAUCAAACAGAACUGACACGCACCAAUACCAAGAAUGUUAACACUGAAACCACUGCCUCGUUAAUCGGAAGCUGCCUACUGCUAGCCAUCAAUGACUUUUGUCCAGCUGGAUUCAAAUCCGAGCAUUCCUGGGUUUUCACGUCGAACCCGGCGGAUCUCAAUUGGCUUGCUUUACAAGGGGGGCUACGAUGUAUUCUGCAAAUUACUCGGCCGUUCCUUGGUGCCAGUAUUUGGGGACCUGCUUUCCAAGAAGCUCACAAUGAGCUAAAAUCUUUCCAGGAAGAGCAACCCGGUCGCAGUGGAUUGCAUUUUGAAUUAGCCGACCUGUGUUGUAUUGGCGAUUUCACGACAGCUGAAACGAAUCCAUAUCACUGGUCCGUGCAGUUAUUGAGUAGAAUGUUGACACUGAAACCGUAUAAUAGACCGGAAAACUAUUCAGCAUUCGUGUCCUGGAUGGGCCAGAUUCGGCCAGAAUUCAUCACUCUCCUACGGGCCAAAGAUGAGCGUGCGCUGUUGAUAUUCAGUUGGUGGAUGGCACUCAUGUGCGCUCUUUCGUCUUUUCAAGUCUGGAUAUAUGGCAGGAUCAUCCCCGAGUGCAAAGCCAUCUGCCAAUAUCUUGAAAGCACUAGUACGGACCCGCACAUACUGCGGUUGAUGGAGUGGCCGGCGAGGGCAUGUGGGUUCUAUGACUUCACUCCGGAAACGUUCGAGGACGUCACUUUUGGCUCGCCUCCAAAUUUUCACCGACAGCACUGUGCAGGAUUCUUUGGAUGUUAG